AUGUUUUUAGGUGAAUAUUUGCAGUUCUCUAGAGGAGACAAGAUCGAGGUUCUCCAAAAGACCUCAGAGCACUGGUGGUGGUCAAGACUUAAAGGUCACUUUGGAUAUGUGCCCACCAAUCAUGUGGUCAGCUUCUCCGACUCCUCCUUUAAGCAGAUUUCAUGGCAGGAUUGUGAUUAUUUUGAAAAUUAUGGCACUUUGAAACUUCAUCUUGAAAUGCUUAGUGACAAACCCAGAACGGAGGCUUACAAAAAGGCAUUCGAGGUAUAUUGCAGGCAUACCAAAGACAAGGUUGUCCUGGACAUUGGUUGUGGUACAGGGAUAUUGAGUAUGUUUGCUGCCACCGUGGGACAGGCAGCAAAGGUUUAUGCCGUGGAGGCUAGUGAUAUUGCUCAUUACACUAAAUCACUAGUGGAUAAAAAUGGCUUGGGUGAACAAAUUACAGUGAUUGAAGGGGAAAUGGAAAACAUUGUUUUACCAGAAAAAGUGGAUUUGAUCAUAUCAGAAUGGAUGGGGACAAUGCUAUUGUUUGAGUUCAUGAUUGAAACUGUGAUAUUAGGUCGAGACAAGUGCCUGAAAGAAGAUGGUGUGAUAUGGCCGUCUGAAGCCCAGUUGUACCUCGCACCAUGCAGUGCUCAGAGUGUGUAUCAAGCUAAGGUCAAGGCCUGGGACAAUGUCUAUGGAUAUGACUUCUCUUCAUUGAGAGAAGAAGCAGUAAAGGAGUUCUUUUACAAACCCAUCUAUAACCAUAAUCUUUCUGAGGAAGACUGCUUAGCAGAGGAAACCUGUAUUCUAAAGUUGAAUAUGAAAAACGUCCAGAUACAAGACCUAGAAAAAAUUGACAAGGAUUUUUCAUUUCUAGUUAAGAAAAGUGGACCACUGCAUGGUUUCUGUAGUUGGUUCAGUGUGGGUUUUAGCCAUCCUGAUUCUGACAGCCCCACGGUAGUAUUAAGCACAGGACCAAAACACAGUCAAACUCAUUGGCACCAACAUCUCUUCAUGUUAGAUGAGCCUCUUUCUGUGGCUCCUGACAAUGAGGUUACUGGGAGGAUAACUCUGAUCAGAAAUACAGAGUGGAGAAGACAUCUGACUGUCAUCAUUCAGGGCCAGGUCUUUAAGUCAGUAAACAAAAAAAGAAUUCAGAGUUUUCACAAGGUGUUUCCUCUUUGGAUGGAUCAAGUGUUGAAGGAUGAAUAUAUCAAACCUAAAGACUAA